CAGCAAGAUGGCUGCUCCCACGCUCCCGUGAGCCGCGGGCUUUGUUCCCGCAGCCGCCGCGCUCGGAGCCGGGGCAGCGCUGCCGGGACGCCCGUCCCCAUGCGGGGCUGUGGGGCUUCUCCCUGCCUCCCGGACUCUUCUUGUCUUUUUCCUUUUUUUCCCAUGGCUUUGCGUUGUUUGGCAGGGUUUGGUUUUUUAAUUAGAGAUUUUUUUAAUAUGUGUAUAUCUAUAUUUAUUAUUUUUUUCCUACUCAAAAAGCAAAAUCUGGGAAGUCUGCCAUCCCCCUCAGCCCAAAGCUCAUGGCAGCCUUUACCUGUCGGACCAGGAGAGUUGUAAUAGACCUUCUUACUAAAUUAAAUGUAGAGGCUGCUCCUCCAAGGCACGUUUCAGUUCAACCGUAGUGUUUGAUUUCCCAGCCACAGCAAUAUGGUGCCUCCAGGGAAAAAGCCAGCUGGGGAAACUUCCAAUUCCAAUAAAAAGUGUAAGCGCUAUUUCAAUGAGCACUGGAAGGAAGAAUUUACCUGGCUGGAGUUUGACUAUGAGAGGAAACUCAUGUUUUGCAUAGAGUGUCGGCAGGCGCUGGUGAAGAACAAGCACGGUAAAGCAGAGAACGCCUUUACCGUGGGCACGGACAACUUCCAGCGCCACGCUCUGCUCCGCCAUGUCACCUCCGGCGCUCACCGACAGGCGCUGGCGGUGAACCGGGAGCAGUUGUCCUUUGAGAGCCACGGCCACCGGGAGCUGCGCUCGGUCAUCAAGGUGGAGGUCAACCCGGCGAAGGUGGCCGUCCUCACCACCGUCUACUGGAUGGCGAAGGAGGAGAUCCCGGAUGAGAAGUGCUCCUCCCUGCUCGACUUCCAGAAGUUCAACCUGUGCCAGGCGCUGCUGGCCUCAGAGCACAGCGAGUACUACCAGCCCAGCAGCAUCAGGGAGAUGCAGGCAGCGAUCGCCAGAGUCCUGCACAACGAGGACAGGCACAGGAUAAAAGCCUCCCCAUUUGUGGGGCUGGUGGUGGACGAGACUGUGGACAUCCUGGAGCGCCGCAGCCUGGCCAUGUUCACCACCACCGUGUCCCCCUGCAGCGGGCAGACCUCCACCACCUUCCUGGGGAGCUUCGAGCUGCCGGCUGGGGAGGCCUCCACGGUGGCAGGCAAGGUGGGCGAGGUGAUGGGCUCCUUCGGCAUCCCCACCAUGAAGCUCACCUGGCUCAGCGCCGACAGCGCCUCGAUGGUGGCUGAGCGGCUGAGCGGGGUAGGGACAGCCCUGACCUCCCUCUGCCCGCUCCUGAUGGAGAUGCACUGCCUGUCCCACGGGAGCUCCCUGCUGCCAGCUGAAAGCAUUGUCAGCACUGAAUACCUCCAGGAAUAUGAGACCACGUUGGAUGCUGUGUACAGGCUCUACUCCAGCUUCAGGGGGGAAAGCAAUGGCCUGCAGGAGCUGCAAAGUGUCCUGGACCUCUGCAAGAUAGACCUCGGGAGCCCCAAAGCCAUCCACUGGACUUCUAUUUUCCCAGCUGUGGAAGCCAUCGAUUCCUCAUGGCCCACGCUGGUGCUGCUGCUGGAGAGCGAGGCGGAGCGGUCGCCUGUGGCCCACGGCCUUUGUGAAGAGCUCAAGAAGUUCCAGUUUGUGGCCUUCACCAAGAUCCUUCUGGAUGUCCUCCCCAUCUUCCAGAAACUCAUCCGCUUCUUCCAGCUCGAGGACUUUGACCUCUCCAUCCUGAAGCCCAUCGUUUCUGCCACAGCCACCACCCUGCAGGCCCAGAAGAGUGCCAGUGGCCAGAACCUCCAGGAAUUCCUCCAUGAGAUGAAUGAGCACCCGCGGGAUGACCGGGAGGGUGAGAGCCGCUUCUACUACAAGGGCGUUGAACUGGCCAACUGCUCCAAGGGCCACCUGAAGCACUUUGAGUGCCUGAAAGAGAGCUACCUGGAGAGCGUGAGGGGCAACCUGCUGGACAGGUUCCCAAGCAGCGUCCUGGAGGCCAUCAGCUCCUUCUCAGCCAUCUUCAACCCCAAAUGCUACCCCCAGUCUCUAGAAGACAUUGGCAGCUACGGGGUCAGCGAGCUGAAUUUCCUCCUGCAGGCUUAUUCCCGGGUGGUGGUGAGCGAGAGGGCCCUGAGCGAUUUCCCCCUCUUCAAGAGGAUUGUCUUCAGCCUCAGCCAGCUCUCCUUCAAGGACCUCUGCAUCAAGCUGGUCUACAGCAACUCUGAGAUGCACGAGCUCUUCCCAGACUUCGCCGUCCUCGCAGCCAUCGCCCUGGCCUUGCCCCUGGGCUCCGUCCUUGCUGAGAAGAUCAGUCGGGGCCGGGAGCUGCUGAAGCGUGGCCGGUCACGCCAUGUGAAGGACGAGGGGCUCUCCAACCUCAUGAAGAUCGCCAUCGAUGGGCCAGCCAUCAAUGAGUUUGACUUUGCUUUGGCUGUUGAGUACUACGAGAGCAUGAGGGACUCGGGCUUCAUCAUGGCGCAGGUGAAGUGAGCGCUGGUCGGUGCAGGCAGAGCCCUGCGGGCAGGGACCCGAUGCCUGCAGGCAGCACCAGCUCGUUGCCACUUUUCCCCAUCACUGGUCACCACCGGGGCAGUGAGGUUUUUUUUUUCAAUGGUUUGUCUUUCCUUGGUUUUAGGGAGACAAAGGCAAAUCUUCUCUUGAGCUCAAAUGUCACCUUUGCACAUUGAUACCCAGAAGCUUUUACUCAGUACUCUGCAAAAAUAUCUGAUUUUUUUUUGGUCUGGAGUCUUGAGAAGGAGUACAGAAAAGGCAGCACAUCUUGCUAGCUCCGUGGCAAGCCCUGAAAUGCCCAGCAGUGUCUUGUUGGUAUUCCUUGCACACAGAGCAAAACAAUUACAGUGGUGGCAUCAAGUCCUGAUCAUUUCAAGAGCAAGAGAUCUAUAGAAUGAUAUUGUAAUCACCAAGGAAAUAGCAGCUUUUAAAUGCAUCAUUGUGUAUAUAUGUGUAUCUGUAUAUAUAUAAAAAUAUAUAUAAAUAUAU